AUGGAGGAGUUGACGAAGGACAGCCUAAGAGCCGGUGUAUCGACUGGCUUAUGGAAAACUCCCCAGUUCGGAAGAGGCACAACAAGCGGGCCGACAAUUGUUGGAGGGGCAAGAACGGUCAGGCCGCGUCUGGUCAACGUUUCGACUUUAGGCCCUCGUCGGCAGUCGAUGUUUGCGAAUGUAUAUCCCCAUGGAGGGCAUCAGAAACUCUCAUCGCCACGCACUGCUCGCCACUCGAUUUAUUCUCGAGCUGGACGUGACAGAAGGCAAUCUGACCUAUCGGCAGGGUGUGGAGGGAGCCCUGUCGAAUGGGGUGCUUCCACGGACCAGAGCGAAAGAGGGCCGCGGAAAUUUGUGGCUUUUCAUGUGCAGUCAGUCCGCCGGCACAAGGCGUUCUGGUCAGAAAAAAUGUCAGUACGCUCUGCGACAGAAUCGCCCCCCGAGAUCAUGUGUGCUCACUUUGACAUCUCGGAGCGGAAUCUCUUUCUCGGGCUAAGUACUGGCACGGUCAUGCUGUGGAAAGAACCUUUCAGUUCUGCCCCUUCCUCCGACGAGCAGUCCUCCAACAACAAUCCUUCUGUCCUGACAGCUACCGGACACACAGGCACUGUUAGCUCCCUGAUAUUCCUCAAAACCCUCGCUCCAGAUCGGGCACUGAGGGAGGAUCGCGAGAAACCGCGAAACGAAACCAAGCCCAGUGCAAACGCCGCAGCCGCCAUGAACAGCGCGCUGGCCCGGUCUGGCACUGUCGAAGAGGAGUUGGGUUUUUUGUUCACUGGCUCCGCCGAUAGGAGCAUCAAGCUUUGGGUUGUGGAACCCAGAAAGCUCGUAUGCGUACGGACUCUCUGUUCCCAUGGGGGCGCUAUCGUGGCUCUGGCGUACUGCUUCCCGUACCUCUUCUCAGCCUCGACUGACGGAACAGUUCUGAUCUUCCGAACGGAUCCUACCGCAGAUAGUCUCAAACACCCGCAGUUUGCUGUUGCUGCGAGGAUUUUCGCCCACUCUAUCUACCAUCCCACGACAAAGCUUGCGUUGUCUAACAAGAAGGCAUGGUACAACAGUUUGGCCGCUCGCUGCAACGGGGACCGCAUCAGUUUGUACUGCGGGUCGACGGACGGAGCCCUUCUUGUUCUGGAUAAUACGCAAACGAACGUGCCCGCGAACCCCGUUGUUGGGGGCGGCGGAGCGCCGCCCGCCUGUCUGCACACGCAAGAAAGGGCCUCCGUGUGGAUGGAAACACGGGAACGCGCAGGCACAGCGCUUGGCGGAGGCAGACUCUACAGUAGCCUGCUGUGCAAUACGUCGUACUGGGGGAGUCUUUUGACGCAAGAGGUACGGCACGAUUCCCAGGCGCCAGGGGAGAAUCUCCUCCGUUCAAGCGUGCCUGCGGUGGAAGUGAUCCGCAGUGUCGUGCUACCUGUGCCUUUCCGAAUACAAUCCAAGUUGCCGGUUCACGCGCUGGGGCUGCGCAAAGUGUAUUCGUUGCCACUGGAGUCCGCGCUGGCCACACUUGGCAGUGAAGCGUCAAUCUCCGUCGUCGACCCGGUCGCUGGCCAGGUUUCUUGGAAGGAAGAAAAUCCCGAGGGCUGCUGCUACUCUGCAUGCGCGUGGAUUACUUCCUUCAACCUGCUGUUGGUGGGAGAUGACUACGGCUGUCUCUCGUUCUACAACGUCUACUCUAAAGAGCGCGUGCAUUCUCAGCAGGUUGCGGAGAGUCGGAUUCUUUCUUUGUGCAAUGCAAAGGAGUCUUCGCAGGUGAUCGCCGUGACCGCCCACGAGCUGCUCCUGGUGGAUCUCGUGGAAACCACGGAAGAGGUUGUGCUCUCCGGUCAUCAGGGCGUCGUCACGAAUCUCUUCUGGCAGUCGACACCGGACGGCGGCUACGUUUACUCGGCGUCGGACGAUAAGACAAUCCGUCAAUGGGAUGUUCAGAAAAGACAAUGCACACGCGUGCUUCGGCACAAACAUCCAGACAUAUCCAGCUGGAUGCUACUGGACAACUUGAACGGCUUCGUGACAGGCCACGAAGAUGGAGAUGUCCGGUUCUGGAGUUUAAAGGAUUUUACAUCGUUUUCGGUCCACAAUCAGAAAGGCCAUCACAUCCACAUCAACAGCGUGACCGGCAUGUGCUCGUGGCGGCCAGGUCUCGCCGCAAAAUAUGAAGGGCGGAGAAGAAGUAGAGCCGUCGCUGCUGCAGUGUCGGGAGACGCUGGGUCAGUCCUAGUUCCUUCGAUUCCUGCGACUCCUAGCGUCGACCGCGAAACGUCGCCAGCUCCUCAUAUUUAUCAGAUGCUGACAUGCGGGUAUGACGGAAGGUUGAACGUCACUGAGAUUCGGGCCGACGGAGAGACGGGCGAAGUCACAACGAAAUUUAUUGUAAGGUGUGCCACAUACACACGCCGUGCUUAA